AUGGCUACAAUUAAAAGCAAUCAAGCUGAUUCAAUAGACAUGAAUAAGAUGAUCAGUUAUAUGAACAGGGAAAUAAAUCUCUACUGGUCUGCAUUUGAGUCUAAUGAUGGAAACAAUUUAUGCUCGAUCCACAAAGUGCCCCAACAUUUACUUCAGGUCGAUCAGAAUUCUUAUGAGCCAAUAAUUCUGUCAAUUGGUCCUUAUCGCCAUGGAGCUCAGAACCUGAUAGCAAUGGAGAGAGAAAAGUGGAAGUGUUUAGACUUCAUUCUGAAAUUGAAUUGUGAAUUAAGCUUGCAGGAUUACAUAAGAGCAAUAUAUAAAAUAGAGAAACAAGCAAGGUUUUAUUAUUCCCAGGAUAUAUCAAUGAACAAAAGGAAGUUUGUACAGAUGCUAUUGCUUGAUUCAUGUUUCAUCUUAGUAAAAGUUGAUGGUACUGUUGGUGCACCAAUUCCAUUAGAAGAGGCCGAUACAAAUGGAGAAGAAUGCCACAAUUCUGGUCAAGCAGUUGAGAGCAACUCUGUGCAAAUCCAUGCAACUGACACGUCAGUGCAUGAAAUUGAAUUAACCAAUUUACGUGACAAUGAACCUGAACCUCAAAGUAAUAGAGCUUAUGGUUAUGAUUGCAGUAGUUCUGGAGAAUGGUAUGCUAAUUUUGUUUGGCAUGAUUUAUUCUUGCUGGAAAAUCAAAUUCCCUUCUUCAUUAUUGAGACAGUAUACAAUAUAGCCUUGAGCAAAUGCAGGGUCAGGGCGCCACUUAGAGAACAAAUUGUUGAUUGUGUAGAAGAUAUUUUACGGCAGUUUCCAAAAGGCACCGGAGAAUCUAACAGACCAAAAGAUUUUCAUCAUUUGCUUCACUUAUGUCAUAUGUACCUGAAGCCCACUCAUAAGUUUGUUGAAAUCAAUCAACCCCAGUUGAAGAUUAGCUUCUUUAACCAUCUUGUUCAUUUAGGACAGAGGUACUUCAAUCUUGGUCCCGAAAAAGAGGAAAAUGAGCAGCAGCAGUUGCUUACACAUUCAAUAAAUUGCUUCCAAGACAAGCAGUUACCAAAUUAUUGGCGUCAAGCUGUACAAUACCAUGAAACAGGAGUUCAACUGAAGACAAGGGAGUACAGUUUCAAUGACAGGCAUUCACUCUUGGACAUAAAAUUCAGCAGUGGAGUUCUAGAAGUCCCACGUUUUGUUAUUGAUGAAAAUACAGAAUCUCUGUUUAAGAAUUUGAUUGCAUUAGAGCAAACUGAUCCCCGAUUUGGAAAUGACAUCACAGCUUAUAUCGCUUUUAUGUCUCAGUUUGUAAGCACUUCUGAAGAUGUAGUACUACUUGCCCGGAGAGGUAUAAUUGUUCAUAUGCUGGAUAGCGAUGAUGAAGUGUCAGCUAUGUUCACCAGACUUGGCACAAAUAUAUUCUUCGACUUUGGAACUGAUAGCUACCAUUACUUGAAAAUUUUGUGCCAUACAUUGGAGGAGUAUUACCAGAGCAGGCUGAAUAGAUGGAUGGCUUGGCUCUGGCGUAAUCACUUCAGCAAUCCUUGGUUAGCAUUAGGUGUGUUCGCUGCAAUAGUCGUCCUAGUGUGUACAAUUGUCCAGACAAUAUUCACUGUUCUAGCUUACAGGCAACCUCGUUAA